GCAGGAGGAUCGGCGGAGCGCACAUGGCGCUGUACAGCGCGGCCGCCGCGGUGCUGGACGGGCUGGAGCGCGGCCAGGGCGGCCUCAAGAGCCUCGUGUACAACAGCGGCUUCCCGCACGUCCGGCAGCUGUACGCGCUGGUGUCCGAGACCCUCCGCUACGCGCCGGUGCUCGAGAAGCUGCUGGAUGGAGCCGCGCUGCUGCAGGCCGAGAAGAAGCUGCCCCCGCAGCUGGCCAAGGUGCUGGUGUAUGACCUGCUCUUCGGCAAAGGGCUCAAGUGCGGGGGCCGCUGGAAGGCGCUGGCCCGGCGGCACCGGGCGCGGCUGGAGGCCGAGCUGGCCCGGCUGAAGGUGCGGCACAAGGUGAGCCGCAACGAGGACCUGCUGGCCCCGGAGCAGGCGAGUCCCGCAGCCUCCCAGGUCCCGCGCUACGUCCGGGUCAACACCCUGAAGACUUGUGUGGACGAUGUGAUCGACUUCUUCAAGCGCCAGGGAUACUCCUACCUGGGCAAGGCAGCCAGCUUGGAGGAGCUGAGGGCCCUCUCCGGAAAGAAGUUCUUGUUGGAUCCUCAUCUCCCAGAGCUGCUGGUUUUCCCUCCGCAGACAGACCUCCACGACAACCUGCUGUAUACUUCAGGACACAUCAUUCUGCAGGACAAGGCCAGCUGCCUCCCUGCCUUCCUCCUCAGCCCUACUGCUGGUUCCCACGUCAUCGAUGCCUGUGCUGCCCCUGGGAACAAAACCAGCCACCUGGCUGCCAUCCUGAGGAACAAGGGCCAGAUCUUUGCCUUUGACGUGGACCCCAAGCGUGUGGCCACCAUGAACACGCUGCUGGCACGGGCAGGGGUCACUGGCUGCCAGCUGGCCCAGCAGGACUUCCUGGCCGUGGACCCUGGAGACCCCAAGUACAGCAGGGUGACCCAUAUCCUGCUCGACCCAUCCUGCAGCGGCUCAGGGAUGGUGACCCGGGGGCCAGGGGAGGAGGUGGCCCCGAGUGCUGAGCGGCUGCAGGCGCUGGCCGGGUUCCAGCGGCGGGUCCUGGGCCACGCCCUGAGCUUCCCGGCCCUCCGGCGCCUGGUCUACUCCACCUGCUCCCUGCACCGCGAGGAGAACGAGGACGUGGUGCAGGCUGUGCUGCAGGAGCGGGGCUCAGCCUUCAGGCUGGUGACCGCCUUCCCAUCCUGGCCCUGCCGAGGACUCGCUGCCUUCCCUGGAGCCGAGAGCUGCCUCCGAGCGUCCCCGGCAGAGACCCUCACCCAGGGCUUCUUUGUGGCUGUGCUGGAGCGGUGCGAGGAAGGGGCUGAUGCCCCCAGCUCCCUGCCUGUGGCAGCUGAGGAGAAGCCACAGCCCAGAGAGGAAACGGAGCCAGGAGCAGCUCCCAGGAAGAGGAAAAGGAAAAAGCAGCGGGUGAAAGAGUGAAACAGUUUUUUGGACUGCCCCCUGCCCAGCUGGGGCUGCAGGGAACACUCCUACUGCCUGGGCACAAGUCAGGCUUUGUGCCAGCUGCAGCUGCGGUGGGAAGUCUGUAACCCCUGCACUGAGUGCCAGCCCUGGGGUCACCUCAGUACCAGGGAGGGGGAACUGGUCACCCAGGGCUGCCCCUUGCAGCCAACCCCCCUCAGGUUUGCCCCCAAGGCAACCUCCACUCUGCACCCUGCAGGGCUGGGGUGCUGCAGCUCAAUGAAAGGGGUUGUUUUAUCAUGUCCCCCCCCCAAAAAAAAGUCCUGACCCCAGCCUGAUGUGGAGCUUCAAAAAAGCUUUUAACUGUAGAAAUGAAGCAGAAUAAAGUUUCUCUACUGUCGUU